CAAACCAGUAAGUACCAAUGGAAAAAAUGACCAUGAACGCACCAACCACAUGAUAAAGACAAUUUUUGUGUAUAAAAUACAUAUAUUCAAGAAAAUAAUGAAUUGAAAAGCACGCAACUGUUGCAUAGGAUACCUUUCCCUGACAUGUGACCAAAAUACCUUUCAUUACUGGACUGGAGUGUCAACACAAUCUGCAUGUCAUGACUUUUCUUAGCGUUGUAAGUCCCCGUACACACACACGCACACACAUUUAGAGUCUCUAAAUUGAAUCUGUCUUAUAAAAUCCAAGUCAGUAUGUUUCCAUGUGCAUCACAUCUCGAAGACAGAUCAAAGAGCAGUGAUCAUUUUCGUGACGACGAAAGUUGGCUAAAGAGUUCAACUUAUGCUGAAAAAAGUUCAUCUAGUCAUCGCGUUCAUGGAAAUAUUAAUAUUGAAGUACAAGAUUUGAAGACAACUAGUAAACGUUCUUAUUCCUACAAAAAAGAUGAGGUAGUCAAGAAGAAACCAAAAGUCACGUCAACCGCUGUAUUUCUAGAAGAUAUUCCUGGGCUAAAUAUUAAAGACGCUUACAGAAUUGAUAAAUCUGGCAAUAAAGAGAUUUAUAAACACGGAUGUGUCUAUGAAAAACAUGUAUCACGAUACAAUCAGAAGAUCAAAACGAAAAUAUUAGGGUUUAAAGAUUUAUGCUUACGUGAUCUUGUGGGCUCUGAAGUGAAAUCUAAACGUGGAGUUAUUAGCAAGUCACGGUAUUUCAGUAAGUCAAGUAAAGCAGUUAUUCGAAAUCCUCCUGUUCCUGUAAAAGCCUGUGAAUCAAUUAAUGAUGUUGCAACAGAUUUAAUUCCAUUAGUUGAUCAAAAUACUAUCCAGCGUAAACCUGUUGAAGAGGUGAAAAACUGUGAAAUGUUAAAUCUUUGCGAAGAACUUAAUCGUCGAGUUUACGAUAGACCCGGUGACAUAAUUUCAUGGUUGGAUCUUAUUGACUUACAGGAUAAGGGGGCGUCUUUUCUGCACAUUGCAAGUAGUGAUGUUGACCAGAAACAGACGUGUAUCGAUUUCAAGCAUUCAAAGAGUGACAGACUGAUUAUACUUAAGAAGCAGUUAUCAAUGGCUGAUAGAGCACUGACAGCUAAUCCCGGUAAUUUAAUCUUGAAAUUGUUUAUAAUGAGGCUGAAUGAAUUGGUGGCUGAGCUUGAAGCACACGGGGCGUUGGAAUCUACAUCCAGUAAGGAUGUUGUACAGGCUGAUCAAAUUAAUCGCGAUUGGGCUCAGUGUGUAUUCACUUAUCCUCAACUUGUUCCAAUGUGGCGUGGAUAUGUUGCACAUCUUAUGGGUCGACACUCAUCACUAAUCACUGUAAAUCAAGGUGUUGGAAAUGGAAUAUUUUCACGUAUCGAUAGUAUAUACAAAAGAGGCCUGUCAACGCUUUCCGGCAUAAUAUCUGGAAGAAUUUUAUCGCAUCGACCUCAACCAGAUACUGUGGAGCGAACAAUCGAUUUCCUAGCUGAUUAUUGUCACUGGUUAGCUCAAGCAGGUCAUGCAGAACGUGCUCUAGCAGUUUGGCAAGCUGUUAUUGAAUUCAAUUGUUUCCGGCCUACAGAACUUGAACAAAUUUCAUUUGAUCAGCGUAUGCUUGAAAUGGAGUUGUUUUGGUCUAGUGGUGUGGCUAGAUUCGGUCAACCUGGUUCUCAGCAUUGGAAUGGUUGGUAUAAAAGUCGAAAUAGUAAACAACAAAAUAAAUCUACGGGGAAAGAGUCAACAUCAUCUAAAAGUCAUAAGAAGAGUCAUUCUGUUUCAACCAUUAUCUCGGAAAUCACUUCAGAUAUGUCGAUUGAACAGCUGCAGACUAAAUGGACCAAUGUCGCUGAAAAGCUAAAUGCCAUAGCUAGCACCUGUGAAGACGCAUUGAUCAAUUGUUCUGGAGAAGGAAUUCCUGAUGAAUCUUAUGAAAACACAGGUCCAGACGUUGUUCCGUCCAUUUUGUCAUCUGAAGUUGCUGCUGAUCAAUGGGUUCGUCGUGGACACAUUCCUUCACUAGCAGGACAUGGUUCUGUCGGUAAAAGUCGUGCAAUUUUAUAUCGUCGGGGUAAAGCUUGGGUGGGUCUGGAACGUGCACGCGAAGCAGUUGGUUGGUUACCUUCUGAUGUAUUAAACAUCCAAGAGCAAAAAGAUAUUGAAGAUGAAGAUCCUGAUAGAUUGGUUUUAUUCGAUGAUGUUAAGCCAUGCUUGAUAGAUUUAUGGAAAUUCGACGAAAGACCUGCUGUUGAAACUCCUGAAAGUAAAACUCGCAGAGCAUUUCUUCAGCAACGGCUGUUUUUGUUGUGUUUAGAAUUCCUUGGGGCGUAUGAUCGUGAAGUAGCUAAAGCUCAUCAUUUUCCAAUAGAUAUUCGCCUUGUACACGAUAUAGCAUGUGUUGGUAGUGUUCAGCGUCAAGGUUUAACACCAUUCCCAUCUCAGUCAUGGAUGUCAAGUAAUUCAGAAACAUCAAAUCCCCGAAAUGAUAAUGAACAGUUGAAUACUUCCUCACAAAUGGCUAAUGAACAUCAAGAUGUUUGGGCUCAAGCUCAUCGUUGUUUUAUUGAUGCAGCACUUCUUCAAAUGAAUGAAUUACCAUCUUGGUGGCCAGUUAAAGUGAAAGAGAACUGGCGGACCACGUUAAGUAAAUUACGUUUUACAAUAGCAUCUGAACGUCUUUCAAAUUCAAUUCAAACACAAUCAGUUGGUGUUAAGACUGCAAUAUCUAUCUGGCGUAAUUGUGGUCGUGCAAUUAUCUCCGAAGGUAAAAAUCAACAGGAUUUAAAUUUAUGGCGAGCUUAUGCAAAAGGUUUCUGGCAAAUUAGUCAAGAUUUACUUAUCACUGCUACACUUCAAGAUGUUAAAAUCCCAGUUGAAGAGUCAAGACGUAUACUUGAUUCUGCUUUAACCAUGUAUCCAAUACCUGAAGAUUUUGGACCAUCAUUGAAGGAGGAUAUGCAAAAAUUGACAGAUUUCUAUCAGAAUACAUAUACUCCGAGACUGAAACUACUACAGGAUUAUGUAGACUUAGAAAUGGAUGUAUGCCCUGGUUCAGGAAGUUGUCUAAAAGGCUUCAAUGAAGAGACUCGUGUAUUACACUUAUUGACGUAUGCUGCCAUCGGUGGUGCAUAUACUGCGUACACGGAAUCAUCGAGUGAAAUAAUGCCAACUGUUAUGGUGAAAACAAACUAUCGAUUUGGUAAACGCAUAGAAGCUAUAUGGACCACUUUGGUUGGCUUACCAGAGGAGGACACCAAUCAAAGCAGUGAUUAUCAACAGUUUCUUAGUGCUUUAAUCAGUUCAGUGCCGAUUAUAUGCUAUUUGAAUUUGAUGUUUGAUCUUCUGACUGCAGAUCAAAAGGCCUUAGAUUCAUCACUCGCCAGCCUACUUCCAAUACUUGGACGAAUAGAUCGACUGUGCAGUAAAUUCUUAUCAACAGCCUUUGAUGAACCAUCUUCAUUUGGUUCAAAGUCAAACAGUCGUUGGUCAGCUGUUAGUAAUAAUACAUCUAUUGACUCUGAUUUAAUACCCAUGUCAUUGCAAAAUCGAUUGUGUACACGUAAAUUUAUCGAGCUGCUAAUCGGUGGACUGUCUGCAUUCUGUGCACUUCGUCAACGGAAUCGAAGACCACUUUUAAGUCAUUUAUUCGAGUUAAUAGCUAAGCAUAACAAGUAUAAUAGUCCAAAUGAUAUACUUUUGGAUUUGAUGUUUCCAUCACAACUAAGUUAUCUACUUCCCUCGAGAAUAUCAUUGGAUCAAAGGAAGUUACCAUUAUCCUUAGUGAAUGCCUCUUCAUGUCAUGGUUUACUGCCACCGUUGUUCCUGGCUUCUUUAAUUCAUCAACUGAAUCAUGUAAGACAAAGUGUAGCCAAGUUAGCCGCCCAGUCAAUUAUUCAACAGACAAUCAACAAUUCAUCCCGGACAAACACAAAUCGACAAAAAGAAAGCAUUGCAAAACUAUCAUCCUAUGGAAUGAUAAUGAAUGAAGAAGUCAAUGGUUUAAUUGGUCAUCAAUUGGAGUUGUGUUCUGCUUGUCUGCCGAGUAUUCUUGAUUUAUUCACAUUAAGUUUAGAAUUGGAACGAUGGACAAGUUUAAUUGCUGGCGUUUCCUGUGAAUAUGGUCAAGAAAGGGCAUCUGUUACUGACCAGCGAGUUCGCAAUGCAUUCGAAAAAGUUGUACAUACCAGUCCAUUCAUUACUCCUCUUCUAUCUACUGAAGGGAAUCUAAUUCAUGUAGCACUGAGUGCAGGUACACCAUCAUUUUGGUCUGCACAUUUACGCUUAGUUAUAUGGAGAGCGUAUAUGGCAUUUGGUUGGAUGGCUGGACCAUCUACAACAUCUACGACAGUGAUAGCAAACAAUUUGGAUCCUCGUCAACGACGUCAAGCUGUGAAAGCUGUUUUCUAUCGUGCUAUUGAAGAUGUUCCAUGGGCUAAAGUUCUUUAUACAGAUUUAGUUCGUUAUUGUCCGGAGGAUGUUGAAGAGGUAGUCGACUUACUGUCGGAACGUGAAUUACGAUUACGAACACCAUUAGAAGAAGUCGAUUUACUAUUGACAGCUAAACCUCAUGAAUGAAAUAAUUUUAUAUCUUGAUCUUGUAAAUUAUUCAACUAAAGAAAUUAUAUUUGUUAAGUUUAUUCUAUUAUAAUUUUUUAUCAUUAGUUUAUUUGUACCAAGAAAUGAAUGAAUGAAUAAACGUAUUUCAAUGAUC